ACGCUUGAGAUGGCUGACGAUACCAAGUCCCUUAUUUUGUUUCUCCUCUUGAGCAGCUCAUCCUUGUGUUUUGGUUCUGAAUCUGAUAUCCUGUGCCUGAGGUCUUUGCAACAAUCAGUGAUUGAUCCCAAUAGUGUACUCAAAUCCUCAUGGAUCUUUGAAUAUCCCAGAGAGGGUUACAUAUGCCCCUUUAUUGGUGUGGAAUGCUGGCACCCCAACGAGAACAGGGUUCUCUCUGUGCAUCUCCACAACCUAGGACUUCAAGGCACAUUCCCUCAGGGCCUACAACAUUGUUCCAGCAUGACCCACCUGGACCUGUCAAAUAACAAUUUUUCAGGACCAAUUCCCGAUAUUUCACGGCUGAAUCCAUACCUGACAUAUCUGGAUCUCUCGUACAAUAACUUUUCAGGUGAAAUCCCAGAGAGUAUCGUAAAUUUGGAAUAUCUGAAUGUCCUCAACCUCCAGCAUAACCAACUCAGCGGUCAAAUUCCACCACAAUUCGAUUUGCUUACUCGGUUAACCACGUUCAAUUUUACUGACAACCCAAAGCUUUGUGCUUCACCGAUGAAUGACUGCCCCCGCUCGAGAAAGAGAUGGAGAGCGUUACGAAUCAGGCUGCACAGGCUCAACGACCAGUCCAGUAUCGGAGCGGCCGUCGGAUUUGUCGUGGGGUUCGUGGCGGCCUUCUACUUCCCACGCUGCUUCGUCUGCUCCAAGAGGUUCCGAGCCUACGUCGUCCGGAUAUGAUUCACUACUUGUUCUGAAACUUUGUCUGAAAAAAUAGCUUCCGGAGGCCAAAUGAGCACUUCCGACAGCAACCUUUUUUAGCUUGUUACCUGCAGUAACGAUUAUCUUAAUUCACGUGAUAUGCAUGCCUGGCAACUAGCAACCGCCGGUGCUUGUUAAUACAUAUUUCAACUCUUCUACAAAGAUGCGAGGCAUAAACUGGCCGUGAUUAGUUAUGUACCCUGCCGGCAUUUCUAAAGGAACAGAACAAGGU